AUGGCUAGCCUUGCUGAUAAUGACUUCAAUCGCUCCAAAAUCCCAUCCGAAAUUAGUAACCUUUUCAGGUUAUCAUAUCUUGACCUAAUGUGUUCUAAUUUUUUUGGUCAAAUACCAUGGGAGAUCCUAGAGCUCUCAAAGCUGGAGACUCUUGACACAUCAUUGAAUCAUAAAAUGGAGCUCCAAAAGCCAGGUCUAAGAAGCCUUGUUGAGAAGUUAACUCACCUCAAAGUGCUAAUUCUUGAUGAGGUCAAUAUUUCUUCUCCAGUACCUCGUAUCUUGGCAAAUUUUUCUUCGUUGACUGUCUUAUCCCUCAUGGGGUGUGAAUUACAUGGUGAAUUCCCUGCAAAGAUAUUUCGAUUACCCAAUCUUCACAUUAUCGAUGUGGAAGGCAAUGAAAAUCUCUCUGGAUACUUGCCAGAAUUUGAAAAGAGCAGUCCCCUUCAAGCUUUGAUACUUGAGGGCACGAGAUUCUUCGGUGAGAUUCCACAUUCCAUGGGGAAUCUUAGAUCCUUAGUUGGCCUGUGUAUAAGGAAGUGUGCUUUUUCAGGGUCAAUUCCGUCUUCACUUGGAAAUCUUUCUUCCUUAGACAGAUUGGCUCUUGGUUCUAACCGAUUUACUGGUCCUAUCCCUUUUGAAAUUAGAAACCUAGCGCAAUUGUCUUUUCUUGACCUUGGGUCAAAUCAAUUGCAAGGCCCAUUUCCUAGUGCUUUCUAUGACUUCAAAAAUCUUCAGUGGCUUGAUGUUGGUUCAAAUAAUCUGAGUGGCAAAGUGGAUUUGGACAUGCUUCUUCAUAAACUCAAAAGUUUACAAGUUUUAAUUCUCUCCUCAAACAAUUUAUCGUUGCUUACCAAAACCAACGUUCAUACAAAAUUUUCGAAAUUAUACAUUCUCAGAUUGGGAUCCUGCAAUCUCAUAGAGUUCCCAGAUUUCCUACAAAACCAAGAUCAAUUGUCGGAUCUAGACCUUUCCUCAAACAAGAUAGUUGCCCCAAUACCUAGAUGGUUUUUUAGUUUCAACACAAUUAAUUUGGGUUUCGUGAAUCUUUCCAACAAUCUUUUAACAGGCUUUGACCAAGGGCCCAUUUCUCUUUCACGGACUGGGAUAGUGAGUUUAGACCUACGAUCAAAUAAGUUGCAGGGGUCACUUCCAAUUCCAUCAUUGCACACCAUGGUCUAUCUAGUUUCAUACAAUAAUUUUACAGGAGAAAUUCCACUGUCUAUAUGCAAUUUGAAUUCUUUGCAAGUUCUUGAUCUAUCUCACAACAACUUAAGUGGCAAGCUUCCACAAUGUUUGGCCACUUUCAGUCAUCUAUCAACACUAAAUUUGCAAAGUAACAAAUUUCACGGAAGUAUUCCUCAAAAUUUACUGAAUGGAACAAAUUUGAGGAUGAUUGAUUUAAGCCAAAAUCAAUUACAACGGAGAAUUCCGAGAUCAUUGGUCAAUUGUACAAAAUUAGAAUUUCUUAAUCUCGGAAAUAACCAAAUUAGGGAUACUUUUCCAUCUUGGUUGGAAACUCUUCCAAAGUUAAAGGUUCUUAUCUUACAAUCCAAUAGAUUAAGGGGUGCAAUAAAAGAACCUGAAACAAACUAUUCCUUUCCGAAAUUGCGCAUUAUCGAUCUCUCCCAUAAUAAAUUUAUAGGUUAUCUUCCAUCAAAAUUCUUCCAAUUUUGGAAUGCCAUGAAAGUUGUCAAUGCAAGUCCAUUAGCAUAUUUGGGAACGGAAAUGUUAUUUAAGUCCUCCGGUAACAUUGUUCAUGUAUCAAUGAAUUAUGGUUACUCAUUUCAAAUGAGGGUCAAAGGCAUAGAGUUGGACUAUGGAAAGAUCUCAAAUUUCCUCACAGCCAUUAGUUUCUCCGGCAACAAAUUUGAAGGAGAGAUUCCAACAUCCAUCACAAAUUUAAGAGGGCUUCGUUUUCUCAAUCUUUCGAACAAUAAUCUCAAAGGCCCUAUCCCAGCAGCCAUGGGAAACCUAACAGCACUGGAAUCAUUGGAUGUUUCUAACAACAAGCUCUCAGGACAGAUUCCUCAGCAACUGGAAGACCUCACAUUCCUUGCAUUCUUCAAUGUCUCAAAUAAUCAUCUCACUGGACGCAUACCACAAGGAAAACAAUUUGAUACAUUUGAGAAUAUUUCGUUUGAUGGGAACCCAGGAUUGUGUGGAAAGCAGAUAGCAAGAAAAUGUGAAGAUUUUCAGCCUCCAAAGAAAGAAGAAGGUCCUGCAGGCUUGAAGUUUCCAUCUGAAUUUGGGUGGAAGAUAAUUCUGAUAGGGUUUGCAAGUGGGCUCGUUACUGGUGUGGCUCUUGAGCACGCUUAUUCUGCAAGAAAGAAAGCUCACAAAAAGAGAAUGUAA